GGCUCCUAAUGCUGGGGGCGGGGAGGGGGGGGCGGGGUGGGAAUGAAGCCAAGCCGCUGGACUCCGCACAGCCCUGAAGAGGUCCUAAAUCCGGCCGUCUCACAUUCCCACCUUUGGGUGCAGAGGAGGUGCUAUGCAGAUCCAGAAGUGAAUGUGGGAACACGUGGUACUCUCUCCCCCACCAAUGCAUCCUCAGAGCUCCGAGGGAAAAGCAACGACGAUGGCUGGCAGCUGAGGGAGAGACCAGCAUCCCCAGAACUCCCUUUUGGUCCUUGUCUAGCCUUCAAGGUCUCCAUGGACCACUUUGAGCCAUAUAGGUCUGCCAGUCAGUGGCCUCUGCACCCACGUCCGAAGCAGGAGAAAUCCAAAGAGCCCUUGGCCUCUGGAGGCGGCAGCAGGAGUGCUCUUCGAAAAGAGAGUGGGCCAGCCGGUGGGAGCCCGGCGCCCACCCACCGCUCAUCCUACAGCAGGUCCAACCCCCCGCCACCCUCCAGCCUCUGGAUCCUCUCUCCAGGCCUUGGAGGAGGCUGCAGACCGGAGCACUGUUACCCGCUCAAAAAACCAGUCCAACCACUGCAGCACCUCCGUCUCACGCAAUCCAAAGGUGGGGACCUCAAGCCGCAGAGGACUCUGGGAGGGAGAGGGCCUGGGUUCCAGUCCAGCUCUGCCACUGGCUCAGCAAGUACCCUUGGGCAAGUUGUUCCAUGCUCUGGGCCUCAUUUGCAAAUGAUGAAAGGGCUGGACGUUCCUAUCUCUAGGGUCGCUAGUUCAUGGCGAAGGCAUAGAGAGAAUGGUGGGUAACUUAGCAGCAUGAUCUCCAAAGAUUCUGUCCAUGGAUCCACUGCAAUCCAUAUGACCGCGACCCCCCAGUCACCACCCCCACACCCAGGCAUACACAACUAUUCAUUCAUUCUUCACGUCAUUCCUAAGUACCUACCAUGUGCUGGCCAUAGUUCUCCUUACCACAGAAUCCACUGCCCUGGGAAGCACAGAGGCCCCAAGCUGGGAAGUAGCCUCGAUGUGAGCUGAGCCCUCCAUCCUUCCCUGCGUGAUUCCCUCAGUAUCAGCCUCACCAGUGGGCUCUCCAUCUCUGCUUGUCACACACUAUAGAGCCAGGCACCUUCCUCCCCCAACUCCUCCCUCCCAGUGUGUGCUCCAUCAUGGUGACCUUCUACCCUGGGUCCUCAUAUGCACUCUAGGGCCUCCAGAGAAUGAGGCUAUGCCCUCUCCUCAGCACCCUUUAGAGAACUCAAGAUACAACUGCGUCCCUUUGUACCAUGCCCAAAGCAAGCCUUCUCUUCUCCAACUUAAACCUCCUUCAUCAGGUGUCUUUAGACACAGCUUCCGGUGCCUUCACUCCCCCUGCUCACCAGGUUCAGCAGCGGAUGAAGAGCAGAGAGCAGAAUGAAGCCAGCUCCUCCCAGUCCUAGAGAACAGGACCACCCUCCAGACAGAAGGUGGGAAGACAGACAAAUCUGCCCAGGCGGACUGACAGAAGGACCAGUGUCCUGCUUGGCAGCCUUCUGUACAAAUCCUGUCCUUUGCCUUUGGACUUCUCAUCCCCAGGCCUUUCAAAUUCACUUCUUCCCAGGAGCUCCCAAGGGAGACUCACACAGGCCCCUGGGGCUGUGGCCUUGGGCAAGUCACUUUGCCACACAAGGUGCUCUGUUUGAGUUUAGCUCACCACACGUUUAUUUAAAUGAAUGAGUGAAAGGACCAAUAAAACUCAGGAGUUAUACCAGAUGAAUUUAUUGUUUCAGAUGCACAGCUGCUAAGAGAUUCUUGACUGCCUGCCUUCAAGUAUUUUGAUUCCAAAUAGGCUCAGUCUCCCCUGCUGGCUGAGCCUUCCCAAUCGUGGGCUCCCAUGGGCAGGAGGCUCUGGGCUGCAUGGCCAAGGCUCUCUCUGUUCCUCUUAGUUCAACUCUCCUUCCCUGGCCGUCUCCCUUUCCUUCCUUCCCCCAGGCUGAAGCCCUCCCCACUCCUCCCCUGGGGCAGGGCCACUUUCCCACCCUCCUCAACCAGAUGGAGCCUCUCACUUUCCCAGGAGAAUCUAGGCUACACUCCAAAGACCGAGGCAGGAUGUUCCCAGACAUCAUUCUGCAUUUAUACCCAAAGGGCUCAAUUCACUUCAGGUCAUUGAGACCACACAGAAAAUGAGGCUUCUGCUAUUUUCAUUAUUUUGAUUAUUAUUAUUAUUCACUAACAUUUCUAUUAGCACUUUCCAGUUUGCAAAAUACUUUUGUGUGUCAUCUGGACAGCAUCUUGUGAGAUAAUAUCAUCCCUCAUCUUUUUUUUUUUUUUUUUUU